ACACAGUCGGCUAACAAAGCCACACUCGGACUGUGCCGCGGUGUUGGAUUGGCAUCUACAGCUGUCGAGUGAGAAACCACAUUCCCCCCAUAGCCAGCCAGCCAGCACCGCCACUGUUGUGUGUUAAUAGCCAAGUUGAACAAAAUGCCAAGACCAAUGAGGUAGCGGAACCAGCCCUAGCUGUCUUUAAUCAUGCUUACGGAUGUCGGAGGACUUUCGAUACAGCCUCGUCGUGCCGGCCAAAUGGACCGUUGGUCGUUAUCAAGUUGGCCAUCGACAUUCCAUUGGCUGGCAUUGAAAACGACUGCGCAACCGGUUCAACGUUGGCCCGUCCACUCGUACGGAAAAACGAAAUCCCCGCCGACACAAAGUCUUGCCUAUCACACCAGUUCAAACUCGUCGUCGUCGACACUAUUUACAACUUCAAACGCGUUCUUGUCGUUCGGCUGGGUGGUGACGACGGAGGGGGUCGAUGGGGGCAGCUGGAUCAAGUCGUAGCGAGCGUCCAGAACGGUGUUGAUCAUAGUUUGCAACGGCGUCAGCUGGUCUUGGCCAGUGAGGGCAGCUUUGAGCACCGCCGGUGAAAACCCCGACAGGAGCGACACAUUCGCUUCGUUGGCCAGAGUGGGGGCGUCGGUGGUAUCUCCGUUCACGUUCCAAAACACCAUGUGGGGCAGUGUAUACCCCGCGGCAGCAAACUCGUGAGCAACCGCUUGGAAAUUCGUCUCAGCCCCCCCCGCCUCGUCAAACUGCAUAUCGGACACCACGAUGAGCUUCUCGGGCAUGCUGUUUUGGGCGACGUUGUUGUUUGUGGCCGUGGUCAAGAUGAGGCGCAGCGCCGCCAUGAAGUCUGUGUUGCCGCCCCACGGCGCCUGCGCUAAACAGUGCACUUUUUCCAACAACGACGUCCCCACGACCUCGUGAAACCGCGGCUUCUCCUCAAAUGUCAUGACCAAACCGUGGAAUUCCCCUUCCACGACCUCCGACACGAGCAAUCCGAGGGCGAUCGACACCAUCAUUGGGGUGCCACUCAUCGACCCUGACACGUCCGACAUGACGAGUGUCCGGCCGAGGUGUCCCGCCGCCCGCCCGUUGGCCAGCAUCACCUUCCACUGCGCCUCGACCAACUCGUUUUCGACUGUGUGCAGUUCAUCGUACGCGCCAUAGUACUGCGCGACCACUUGGUGUGGAUGCAAAACGGAUGCAUUCACUUUGGUCGCGCCGGUCUUGAGGCCAUGCUUCCACGUCGUGAACUUGUCUGCCAAGUGCUUGUCAAAGGCACGGUGGGGUUUUCCGUGCCUGUGCAUGGCCACACUUGGCACCUUGUUCAGAUCGAUGGCCUCCCAGUCAUUGGCACACAUGCGUUGCUCCAGAAGUUGCAACUUGGCCCGAAGGGGCGCAAGGAAUUGCUUGCGAAGGUCCGCCGACGUUAAUCCCAUGUGUUUGGCCAACUUAAAGUUGACGCGGUGCGUGCCCUUGUCGGCCGACUUGUUUUCACUUGGCACCCACUUGGCACACAAACUGACUACUGGUUCUUGGCUGUCCAAGGCCGUUCUAUCCUUGCGCAACUGGUCGGCCAACACUUGCAACGCCGCGGCUUCCAACGGCGUGCCCAUCAAUGCCAGCACGUCGUCGAAGCGGCCGUAUUCUGCCACGUAAUGGCUCAAGUUGUGCGCGAGCGCGUCCGGGGCGUGCGAGGCCAGCCAUUUGAACGCAAAGCGAGCCACCUCUCGCUCCCCCUUGCCGAAUCGAAUAUCGCGAAGAUGCGCCACGAGUUUGAGCGUGUGCAGUGCGUCUUCCUUGUAUGCCGCAGCCACCAGCUGCUCCACUCGAGACUCGGGGGUGCCGCGAAGCACGCCAAAGUACAAGUCCACGCGGGCACUGGUGGUCGUGGCGUGGGUGACAGCACCAUUGGACGUUGUUGUCAUCUUUUGUACAGCGAUCUGCUUGGCAGCUUGGGCAAAGGACAUGGUCAGGGCGUCGAAUUGAAAACUGAGGAGGUGGUUUUGCAGCAAACCAGCACCGAUGGAGGCAGUGAAUGAUGGUCGCUCUCGUGAAAGUGAUGGUCCAGGUAUGUCGUGGGGUUGUGUUUCAUCACUUCAAAGUGCUGAGUGGUUGGUGAGUACAUGUAGUAAGUAUACUGUAUGAGCUGUACCAGGGUCGUAUCUAAUUUCACGAUUGGUAUUGGCACCACCACCACCACCAUGCAACCAUCGCCGCCUUCCAGUCAUAAGUACAGUGCUAGCAAGAACGACCCAACCCGUGUACUGUAGGCCACGCCUUCGAGAGUUUUAGUCCAACAUGUCAAGUAAACUGCACCAGAAUGAGGGAUUGGCCGUACUUGGCCUUGUAAAGACUGGGGAGAUCUAGGUUAAACUCGAACGAUGGCCGGCCGCCGAGAGUUCGAACCGUAACAUUACGAGUCGACGGGAGAGUUCGUUCACAUCUGAAACUUUGCACCAUACUAGGCUCUUCAUUGUUUGUGUCCAUUCCUUCAUACUUCGAAGUAAUAUGGUUGUGAAUACACUGUACUGACUGUACUGUAGCAAACGAUCAAGGUACAGUAGCCAUGGCAACAAGUAAUGGAGAAGGCACUACCACUUGACAACUAGCUUGGUGCUGGCCUUAACUGCUCCUGUACAGCCAGCUCCCUAACUCCAAGCCAAUGGGUUGUCGUAGUUUCUGGCAAAUGGGGAUUCAAUCGUGAUCUUACUGUGUGUAUUAGUUGUGCAGUCAGUGUUUACCAUGCAUUCAUUGGCUCGUUGCUUUAAUGUUACUACGUAGUAUACAAUUAACUGUAACGUUAAGCUAUAAAGUUAAGUGUUUAUAUCAACUGUAUGAUAUUUUCAUAUUUUCUGGUAAAUUAUGAAUCACAAGUCCAAAUAAAUUUGUGUACUA